UAAAAGCUUUGUGGGGAUACAAGACAUAUGUUCUGUCACAUAUGUUAUGGACCAUAAGAUUUUGGAAUUAUUGAUAGUCGACAAAAUUUAAGAUCUUAAACUUUGAAGAAAGAAGUAAAGAAUAAAUCUGGUAAAAAUCUUAUGGUCCAUACAGCUUUAUUAUAGAACAUUCACCGAUUUGUGACCGAACAUGAACAAAUGACUCAUGAAGACUAAAAAAAAUAAAAAAAAAUAACCAAAGACUAAAUAAGCUGCACGGGCUGGAUUAUGUGACAGAACAUAUGUCUUGUAUCCCCACAAAGCUUUUAUUACCAGCUGAUGAUUUGUUAGCAGAUUCUUACUCUUGGUGCGUGGGAAAUAUAUGUAAUGGCUUCUCCGCUGCAAGUACCUGGGAAGUUUUGAGGCCAAGAGAUUCUCUAAAAGAGUGGUCUAGCUCAAUCUGGUUCAAAGGAGCUGUGCCAAAGCAUGCUUUCACCAUGUGGGUGUGCCAUCUAAAUAGGCUGCCAACUCGUCAGAGGCUAGCUGCUUGGGGACAGAUUCAAUCCUCGGAAUGCUGCCUUUGCACUAUUGAAACUGAGGCCAGAGAUCACCUUUUUCUCGCUUGUGAGUUCUCUUCCCAGAUUUGGAAACUAGUUUUCAAUCGUUUAUGCCCCCGACAAAGGCUGUUCUGCUUAUGGGCUGAGCUCCUCUCCUGGACUCGGCAGUCUUCUUCCUCCGCGCCUUCUUUGCUCAGAAAGGUAGUCGCUCAGGUUUUGGUCUACAGCAUUUGGCGUCAGCGGAACAAUGUCCUCCACAACUCUCAGCGGCUUGCUCCGCAUCUUAUCUUCAAGUUGCUCGAUCGUGAGCUGCGCAAUAUCAUCACUUCUAGACGGCGAAAGAAGCGUUGGCGCAACUUAAUGCUUCUUUGGAUUCGUUAGCUGCUCUUUUUUUUUCCUUCCAUUAUUGUAGCCUUGUUUUAUUUUUUUGCCUUGGCUGCUCUUCUUUAGGUUUUAUCUUUGUAAACCUUUAAUUUCAUUUAUAUGAUAUUUACAUGAUUAGUAAAAAAAAAAAAGUAAAGAAUAGAAGCUUUAUGUGCCUUUGUGGACAAUAGUUUCAAAUUUUGAUUGGUCAAAUUCUGUCAUUCCA